AUGCCAAAAGCGAAGAGCAAGUCCGUUGGAGCGCAGCCAGUGAAGAGGAAAAAGAACUUCAGCAGUUCAGAACUCAAAGUCCUGCUGCUGGAGGUCACGAGGAGGAAGAAGACUCUAUUCAGUAGCCUCAGUACAGGUUGCACUAAUACUAAUAAGAAGGAGGCCUGGGAGGCAGUAUGGCGUGCGGUGGAUGCGGUCUCAGGAGAGGGACGCAGCAUAGAGGAGGUCAGGAAGAAGUGGUUCGACCUGAAAUCCGAAACAAAAAGACACAUAGCCAAACACCGGAGGGAGACGCAACGGACUGGAGGGGGGGCAGCAAACACCAUGCCCAUGUCUGAUCUGGAUCAGCGCAUUGGGGCCAUCAUCGGGGAGACGGCACUCUCAGGUGUACCAUCAACUGAGUCACUGGACACAGACCUGGGCCCAGAUGCAACGCGUUCAUCCCCUCCCUGUGCCGCUGUCUUUCCAGUUGAAUCUGAAGAUGAAGUCCCGCAGAGAGACCCCGAUCCAGAACCGACAGAGCCCUCCUGUAGCAGAUCCACCCGCACUCGUGCCUCUCCACGUCCACGCUUGCUCUCGGACGCGGUUCUUCAGAAUCAGGAGAAAAUUGCCGAGUCCCUGGAGAAGAUUGCGUCCACACUGGGAACCAUAUCUCAGACGCUCAAAGAUUUGCAUAAGCAGCUCACAAAUAAAUGA